UAAUUUUACGAUCAUUUUCUCUACUUAAUUUUAGUUCGUUCAAUUUUCGACGCAAUCUGUUUCUUGUCUUCCUGAUCCCAGUCCUUUUGUUUCUUUGAGCUUGAAAAUUCGUUUUUUUUUUCUAAAUUUUAAAAUUGGGGUUGGGGAGUAACUCUUGUUGCUUGAUUUGUCUAGAGUUUGUGUGUAAUAGGAGAUUGAUUUCUUCAUCAAUAAAUGAUUAGUAAUUUAAGUUGGUCAAAUUAAGCUGGAAAGGGAGUGAUUAUAGUUGAAUUACCUGCUUUGAUGUCGGUUAGGACCUAAAAUUAUGAUUGUUUGAUACGUUUAUGGUUGCAUUGAGUUGAUGUGAUCAUGGCCUCUGUCUUUGUUCAUAGCAGAAAAUCCAUUGAAUUAUGAAAUUUUAGCUUUUAUUAUUGGGUAUUUUGAACGUUUCUAGAUAAUUGUUGGUAGUUUUUUUGGAGGUUCUUUCUUGGUCGUGCUAGUUUUCCAUUAACAGUAACUUUGCAAUCCACUUGAUACUGGGAAGUGUGCUUGGCAUUCGCAUACUUUGAACAAAGCUUGGGGUUUCCACUUUUUACUAUUUCUCAUGAAUGCUUUUUAUUCGAAGUGACAGGGCCAUACCUUCUUCAAAUAUUGAUUUGCAUUAUGCUCAUUGCUCCCGUAAUCUAGAAAAAUGUAAAGUUUGUGGUGAUAUGGUUCCAAAAAGGCAUGCUGAGGAACAUUUCUUAAACACCCAUGCUCCGGUGCCCUGUUCACUAUGCAGUGAGACAAUGGAACGCGACAUUCUAGCUAUCCAUAAAGGUGAAAAUUGCCCCCAGAGGAUUGUAACUUGUGAGUUUUGCGAGUUUCCGUUGCCUGCUAUUGAUCUGGCUGAGCAUCAGGAAGUAUGUGGGAAUCGGACAGAGCUGUGUCAUCUGUGUAACAGAUACAUUAGAUUGAGAGAAAGAUAUAACCAUGAAAGUAGGUGUACUGGUAUUGCAGAAAACAAUGUGGGAUCUUCCAGGGAUGUGAGGGCAACUGAAAGGGAGCAAGAUGCUCAGAGAAGGCGACCACCUGAAUAUUCACGGAGACGAGUGCUAGUCACCAUUGCAAUAACCGGCAUUGCUGUUCUGUUAGGAUCACUUUUUUUCCAAAAGAAGACAGACCAGUCGGGUGCAUUAGCAUAGUAGAGGAUACACACACUGGGCUUAUGUAAAUCAGCUUGAGAGCUACUUAUUCCAUUUCUGUAUCUUAAAUUAUUCUAGGGCAUAUACUAUUGUUGCUGUAUCAAACUGAAUUCAGAUUGUUAUAAUACAGAGUCCUGUGCAAUCUUGUUUCUUGGCUUAUUAAUUA